AUGGCGAGAUACUCGCUCGCCUCAGGCCUAUCGCGUGGGCAAGUCGCUGAUGCUGAGACGAACGGAGAAGUUGCUGAGGACGACGACCGUGAGGAGGCCGACCAAAAUGACGCAGCGGUAGAUCAAGCAUUCCGCAGGGAGAGCGGUGACGGGCGUGCUCCAUCUGGGGAGAGUCAAGUGUGGACGAAUCGCAACGGAGACGAUGAAAUCAGCCAAUACGCCCAGCGAACUCCGCCCCCAUCGCCUCCUGUUGUUGCACAAGGCACGAUUAUGGCCAGCAAUGGCCCUAUCGACGCGGCUUUUGGAGCGGAUCUCGACUUCCCCCCUCUUUCGUCUGGUGAGGACGCUAAUGCAGAUACCCCAGCCGUUAGCGCCAAUAUCGACCCGCAAGACAACCGAACCCGAUCAUCUCGCGAGGCUGCGGGAGCUAGUGGCGAUGUGGCGUUGGUUGCUGAGGAAGAAGCCACCCCCGACACCCAACGUACCCCCCAAGUCGCACAACGACGUGCUAGCGCCCGCCUUCAUCCCGAGGUCGCCCACGAGGUAGUCGACGCCAACCGCUGGACACCGUCGCUUCCCCAGACGGCCCCGUUCUACUUCGAGAUCCUGGACGUGCCCAAGAUGAUACGCAUGAGUAAUCGCCUCGGCGGACGCGACAUGCGUGUGCUGCGUGACUACUUCAACACCAUGACUCAGGGCCUCAUGACUUCAGACGGGACACCCUCUCCUUCGGAGAGCAACAGAACCGACGGGUCCACCAGCAACGCUUCCUACGCUGGGAACAAGCGAAUCAGUUCCAAAAAGCGGCGCGACCAAAUGCAGCAGGAAAUUGACUACCUGGAGAAGAAGCGGUCGGCGUCAGGAGCGGAGAUGACGCAGAUGCUUGUCUUUUUCCAACAAGACAGCGAGCGAAAGGCUGAAGCUGCAGAGACUCGCAGGCGCGCAGAGCGCGAGGAGCGUUUGACAGCUGAAAAGGCCGAGCGAGAUGAACGCGAACAACCGAGAAGAAACGCCGAAUCGAGCGCGAAGAGCAUGAACGUGUUCGGCGUGCUGAUGCUGCUGUACUCGAAGCUCGACGCCAGGAGGAACUGCGAGAAGCUCGAGAGGCCCGAGAGGAGCUACGACGCAUCGAAGCAGUUCGAGAUGCCAGGUUCGAGCAAGAACGGGAGGAGAACAGACGUCGCUACGAAGAACGUCUAG